AUGAAAUUGGCGGUCCGGCCUUAUAUCCCGAAUCCCUUGCGAUGUUUCAAGUGCCAGCGUUUUGGUCACUCCAAAGCUUCUUGCCGCGGAUCUCUAAAUUGCGCCCGCUGUGCAGAAACAGGCCAUGAAAACUCUGACUGUAACGCACCGGAAACAUGCUUCACUUGCAAAGGUUCGCACACGUCCUUUUCUCGCUCCUGUCCAUCGUGGAUAUUGGAAAAAGAAGUGAUUGCUGAAAAGGUGAAGAAAGGCAUUUCAUAUCCAGAAGCAAAGCGAAUGGUGAAAGCUCGUAGACCUGUUGAUGGAUCCAUCUAUUCUAAUGCUGCCAAGAAAACACUAGAAACAAGAGGCACUCAGAUAAUGCCUAUAAUCAUGCAUGUUGAUAAUUAUCCGUUUCAACCAUCUUAUGCACCCUCUGAAAUUUGUCCCAAAUCUGAAUCAUUUAUAAAAGACUUUUCACCCAGUAUUCCUAUGGAAGACACUACUCAAGAUAUCCCACAGUGUAAAGUUGCUGACACUUCACAAAACUUAGCUAGUUUCAAAACCGUUAUUAACAGGAAAAAAUAUAAGAAAAACUCCAAGCCUAAAGAUAAUAAAACCAUGACCACAAAUAUGUCCAAUCGUAACACCGACAGUGAUAUAGAAUCAGAUAAUGCAAUUGAAUAUAACCCUAAUGAAACAAUUGAUGAAACUCCACCUGCUCCAGAAUCUUCUAUCGUUUCCACCACAGUUGAUAAAACUGUGUUUAAACAAAGUCCCCAAGACUGUCAAAUUCAAUGGGAUCUUAAAAAUUUCCACUGUGAAUCUUUCAGUACCCCCAUUCAUAACAAAUACUUGAAGAAACGUGGGAUCAAAAGAUUACAAUGA